AUGAACGCAAAUUCUGACUCCACGUCGAACAGCAUAAAAUUUGCUCCAAUGCCUAUGUCGGCAUUACUUGCUAAAUUGACUUCUUUUCAAAAAGAUGAGGAAACCCCAGACUCAAGUUUUUCAACAGAUGCUAGCGACGAUUCGUUUAAUGAAAUAGUUUCUUCCAAAACGCCAUCACAAUACAAAACAAAUAAAUCACCUGCGUAUAAAGUUACUAAAGAUACUAACUGUUGUUCAGAGAAGAAAAACGUUACAAAUAUUAACAAUAAAGAGAACUUUGAUAAUAAAGCUUUAACAAAAACAUAUCACAAUAUGGACAAUGUAUUGCCUAGUUCUUAUAAACUAAAUAGGACUCCGUCUAUUUUCCACAAUUCUGAAGUUAAAAGGCGAAAUAUUCUUAUGCCACAUGAUAAUAAUGUUAAAGUGCAACAAAAUAAGAAUAAUUCAGCAUCAAAAAAAACUCCGGAUAAAUCAAAACCUCCCAACAGUAGUCAUAAAACAAAAACAGCGACACCAAAAAUUAAAUCGGGCAUACGAAAAUUUACGCCAGGAUCCUCACACAAAAAGAGUUGUAGCAAUAAGAAAGCUGUAAAACAAACGGUAAUCCAAGAUAGGGAUAAAGUGCGCUGUGAAUUAUUUGGACGUAAUCAACAAAAAGAAGAACAAUCUUCCAUUACAGAACCCACACCAGCUGCUCCUGUUCCAGAAACGCCAAUGAAUAGGAAACCAAUGCCUGCAUCUUAUGCAGCGACUCCUUCGUACCCACAGGGUGUAGUGGGUAAUAAUUCCAAAAUUUUAUUCAAAACUACUUCUAUUAAAGAUAAGAAGUAUAUGUAUAUAAAAAAGCUUGGUACUGGAGGUUCCAGCGAAGUUUACAAGGUGUUAGAGGUAGGUACAUCCUGCGAGUAUGCAGUGAAGUGUGUAUAUCUGGCCACAGACCAGGAGCUGGCACAAGGUUAUGUUAAUGAAGUGCGGUUGCUUAGAGAGCUACAGAAUUCUGAUCGUGUUGUACGUCUAUAUGAUUAUGAGUAUGAUCGACAGAACCAGUUCCUCCGUUUGGUGUUGGAGGUGGGUGAAACAGAUCUGUCGUCUUUCUUACGAGCGCGAGGUGCUGGUUUGCCGCCUGCACUUGUGCUUCACUACUGGGAGGAAAUGCUCCAUGCUGUGAAUUAUAUACACUCACAUGGUGUAAUUCAUGCUGACUUAAAACCUGCAAAUUUUUUACUUGUUUGCGGUCGCUUAAAACUAAUUGACUUCGGCAUCGCUUCAGCAAUAAGCGGUGACGCGACGAGCGUAGUGCGCGCUCAGGCUGCUGGGACCUACUCUUAUAUCAGUCCUGAGGCUCUUAUGGGUGGUGCUGGAGGAUAUGGAAACAGUGCUAAUAUCAAGAUCUCGUUCCGAUCAGAUGUAUGGUCGCUAGGCUGCAUAUUAUACAGCAUGGUGUAUGGACGCACUCCAUUUGGACAUAUACCAAACCUUGCUAAGUUGGCUGCCAUUCUCGACCCUAACCAUAAAAUAAGCUAUCCACCAGCUGACCAUCUCCCAUCAUCGCUCAUUGUGACAUUGAAGUGGUGCUUAACAUACAACGCGCGGUCGCGGCCCUCAGUGCAGGAGCUGCUCGACGUGAAACACUUGCAGCCUGCCAGAGCGCCGCUACCGCAGCCCUUACUGGACAAACUUAGGGAACAAGUUUCUCCCGAAGAGUUUAAGCUAUUACAGCGAGCACAAAUA